CGAGGGCCUGCACUGACCCCUGAGCUCUCGCUCUUUAUAUUGUUGGCUUAGCUCGGUUCGGUUCGGUUCGGUCGAUUCAAGCAGUUCAUGGCGCUUCGUCUUCUGUUCACACCUCAUCUCCCGGUGCUUUCCUCUCGGAGGGCCAACGGUCGAGUCCGUUGUUCGGCGAGCACGCAGAUCUCUGAUCCUCAAGAAGGUCGACGAUCGGCCAAUUAUCAGCCAUCCGUCUGGACUUACAAUUACCUUCAGUCCAUCGUGGCCGGUGAAGGCCGGCAAUCUCGCCGCGAGGUUGAGCAACAGAAAGAAAAGGUACAAAUAUUGGAAGAAGAAGUGAGAGGUGCUCUCAAUGACGAAAAAGCUGAAACCUUCACCAUAUUUGCUACGGUUGAUGAUAUUCAACGCUUAGGGCUGGGAGAUCAUUUCGAGGAAGACAUUUCGAACGUUCUUCGCAGAUGUGUCUCUAAGGGUGCGGUCUUUAUGAGCCUACAGAAGUCUCUGCAUGGCACCGCUCUCGGCUUUCGGCUUCUUAGACAGCACGGCUAUGAAGUUUCUCAAGAUGUUUUUAAGAUCUUCUUGGACGAAAGUGGCAGUUUUGUGAAGACCCUUGGUGGGGAUGUCCAAGGCGUGCUGAGUCUAUACGAGGCGUCCCAUUUGGCCUUCGAAGAAGAAGACAUCUUGCACAAGGCUAGAUCAUUCGCCAUCAAGCAUCUCGAAAACCUUAAUAGCGAUGUUGACAAAGAUCUUCAAGACCAAGUGAAACAUGAAUUGGAACUGCCUCUGCACCGUAGAAUGCCAUUGCUAGAGGCUCGACGUUCCAUUGAAGCCUACAGCAGACGCGGAUACACGAAUCCUCAAAUUCUCGAACUUGCCUUGACGGACUUCAACGUUUCGCAAUCAACUCUCCAAAGAGAUCUUCAGGAAAUGUUAGGAUGGUGGAAUAAUACUGGCCUCGCAAAAAGGUUGAGCUUUGCGAGGGAUAGACUCAUAGAGUGCUUCUUUUGGGCAGUAGGAAUUGCCCACGAGCCUUCGCUCAGUAUUUGUCGGAAAGCGGUGACAAAAGCGUUCGCGCUGAUCCUUGUCCUCGAUGAUGUGUAUGAUGUUUUCGGCACAUUGGAAGAGCUGGAGCUAUUCACAGACGCCGUUCGCAGAUGGGACCUCAAUGCUGUGGAAGAUCUUCCUGUCUAUAUGAAGCUGUGCUACUUAGCUCUCUACAACAGCGUGAACGAGAUGGCUUACGAAACUCUCAAGGAGAAAGGGGAAAACGUCAUCCCGUAUCUAGCCAAAGCGUGGUAUGACUUGUGCAAAGCCUUCUUGCAAGAAGCAAAAUGGAGUAACAGCAGGAUCAUCCCAGGAGUUGAAGAGUACUUGAACAAUGGGUGGGUAUCAUCAUCAGGGUCGGUCAUGUUGAUUCAUGCCUACUUCUUAGCAAGCCCAAGCAUGAGAAAGGAGGAGCUCGAAUCGCUAGAACAUUACCAUGAUCUCUUGCGGCUGCCGUCCUUGAUUUUCCGGCUUACCAAUGAUAUCGCCUCCUCAUCGGCUGAGCUAGAGAGGGGAGAGACCACGAAUUCAAUACGGUGUUUCAUGCAAGAAAAGGGCAUCUCCGAGUUAGAGGCUCGCGAGUGCGUUAAAGAAGAAAUCGACACAGCAUGGAAGAAGAUGAACAAAUAUAUGGUCGACCGUUCGACCUUCAAUCAAUCUUUUGUGCGGAUGACUUAUAACCUUGCCCGGAUGGCACAUUGCGUGUACCAGGAUGGAGAUGCGAUCGGAUCUCCGGACGAUCUGUCGUGGAACCGUGUGCACUCCUUGAUAAUCAAACCUAUUUCUCCUGCGGCAUAAAAUGGCUAAAUUAGUUUGGACAACAUCAAUUUCCUCCCGUUGGGGAAGGAAAAUGGACGUACGGAAACUACAAAAUAAAGUAGGUGGAUCCUACUGUACUAAAUGAUUUAAAGGCACUUAAUGUACAAAGUACUUUAAUUUCGGUUAAUUCAAUCCAUCUAAUCAUAGUUCAACAUUUUUGUAAUAAACAGCAAUCGAAGUGUAUUUUUGUGACGACCCUAGUACAUCACGGCUGCUGUAGAAUGAACUACUAUCGCCAAUAUCUUCUUCAUUGUAAUUUUUUUCUUAAGCAUGUGGAAGCGUAAGGGACAACAGAAAAUUCCAA